GCCUCCCCGUCCCCUCCGCCCCCUCCCGCCCUGCCUGGGUGUGUGUGGGACUCGCUCCGUCCGCCCGGGGUCAUGCGCUGAUCGGCGCCCGCGCUGUCCGGGCCGAGGCAGCAGAGCCGCGAGGAGGAGGAGAAGGAGGAGGAGCGCUGGGCCCGCGACGGGGAAGGCGGCUGCGUAUUCACAGCUGAGCGGUGUGCGGGCCCCAGGCCGGCGAUCGAAGGAGCGCGCGCCCGGCCGCGUCUCCCAGGAGAUGCUGUGACAGACCCGCGCCUCGCCUCGCGCCCCCGGACUAGGCGGCCGGGUCGCGCUCCCUCUCAGUGGAAGUAUGCGAGACUUAAUCGCUCAAGUGACUAGUGGUCUCCUGCAUUUCCCACAAGUGACUACUCAAGCCCUUGGAGAAGAUGAAAUAACAUUAGAAUCAGUGCUUCGGGGAAAAUUUGCUGCAGGGAAAAAUGGACUUGCAUGCUUGGCUUGUGGUCCACAGCUUGAGGUUGUGAACUCUGUAACAGGAGAGCGGUUGUCUGCAUAUCGAUUCAGUGGAUUAAAUGAACAGCCUCCUAUAGUCCUUGCUGUCAAAGAAUUCUCUUGGCAGAAGAGAACUGGAUUGUUAGUAGGAUUGGAAGAAGCCGAAGGGAGUGUUCUCUGUCUUUAUGACCUGGGUAUAUCAAGAGUGGUUAAAGCAGUUGUUCUUCCUGGAAGGGUAACAGCUAUUGAACCUAUAAUUAAUCAUGGCGGAGCCAGUGCAAGCACUCAGCAUUUACACUCAAACCUGCGAUGGCUUUUUGGUGUGGCAGCUGUGGUCACUGAUAUUGGACAAAUCCUUCUGGUUGACCUGUGUUUGGAUGACUUAUCAUGCAAUCAAAAUGAAAUAGAAGCGUCAGACCUUGAAGUUGUAACUGGUAUCCCAGCUGAAGUACCACACAUUAGAGAGGGUGCAAUGAGAGCUGGGCGUCAUCUGUGUUUCCAGUUACUAAGCCCAUCUGGAACGGCUGUUUCUACUCUUAGUUACAUUAACAGGACAAAUCAGCUUGCUGUAGGUUUUUCUGAUGGCUUCCUAGCACUGUGGAAUAUGAAAAGCAUGAAGAGAGAGUAUUACACACAAUUGGAAGGUGGAAGGGUUCCUAUAUAUGCCGUUACUUUUCAAGAACCUGAGAAUGAUCCUCGUAAUUGCUGUUACUUGUGGGCUGUUCAAUCUACUCAAGAUAGUGAAGGUGAUGUUUUGAGUUUGCAUCUGCUUCAGCUGGCCUUUGGUGAUAGAAAAUGUUUGACAUCAGGACAGAUCUUAUAUGAGGGACUAGAGUACUGUGAAGAAAGAUACACACUGGACCUGACAGGUGGCAUGUUUCCUUUGAGGGGACAGACUAGUAAUACCAAAUUGUUGGGAUGCCAGAGUAUAGAGAAAUUUCGACCUCAUGGUGACAGGGAAGAAGGCGUGAGUGAAGCUCUAUCUCCUGACACUAGUGUUUCAGUAUUUACCUGGCAAGUGAAUGUAUAUGGACAGGGAAAACCUGCUAUAUAUUUGGGGCUUUUUGACAUAAAUCGUUGGUAUCAUGCACAAAUGCCCGAUUCAUUAAGAUCAGGAGAAUAUCUACAUAAUUGCUCUUAUUUUGCAUUGUGGUCAUUGGAGUCUGUUGUAAGUAGGACUUUUCCACAUGCCAUCUUGGAUAUAUUAGUACAUGAGAGAAGUUUAAGUCGAGUUAUUCCUUCUUCCUAUCCACCUCCAGAGCAGUUUUUUAACCCAAGUACUUUUAGUUUUGAUGCCACUUGUCUGUUAAACUCAGGAAUUGUUCAUAUAACUUGUGCUGGAUUUCAGAAGGAGACUUUGACUUUUUUAAAGAAAUCUGGACCAUCUCUAAGUGAAGUUAUUCCUGAUGGUUAUAAUCGAUGCCUUGUAGCUGGCCUUCUCUCACCAAGACUCAUAGAUAUUCAGCCUUCCAAUUUAACUCAAGAAGAACAGUUUGAAGCCAUAUUGUCAGCAGCAAUUCAGACAAGUUCUCUGGGACUUUUGAUUGGUUGUGUCAGAAAUUGGAUAACACAAGAACAACCAAAUUCUGCUGUUAAUUUGCGCUUUGUUCUGGAGUGGACGUGGAAUAAAGUGAUUAUCACAAAAGAGGAAUUUGACAAACUAUGUACACCGUUAUUUGAUGGAUCGUGUCGCUUCAUUGAUCCACAAACUAUACAGUCUAUGCAGCAGUGUCAUUUGCUAUUUAGCAAUCUUACGACAGUCUUAAGCUGUUUUGUAACAGAAGCCCAAGAGAUCACUGAGAGAGGAUUUAUGGAGCUAAGCAAUAAGUACACGGUUACACAGCUCAUCUGUCAAUAUGCACAAAUGGUUCUGUGGUUCUCUCAUUGUGGGCUUUUGCCAGAAGGCUUAGAUGAUGCUGUGCAGUUGUCAAGGUUAUGCUACAACUACCCUGUAAUUCAGAGCUACUACACCAGUCGCCGAGAGAAAUGUGAGCGUUUAUCAAGAGGGAAGUGGAACCAGAAUUGCUUGUUGAUUGAUGGAUUGGUUUCUCAGUUAGGAGAUCAAAUUGAGCAGUUGUGGAAAAGAGAUGAAGGAGGCACAGGAAAAUACCCUCCUUCUAGCUUACACGCACUACUGGACAUCUAUUUAUUAGACAACAUUAGUGAGACAAACAAACAUUGUAUUACCAUUUAUUUGCUACUUGAUAUUAUGUAUUCCUUUCCAAACAAAACAGAUACUCCCAUUGAAUCUUUUCCAACUGCCUUUGCCAUUUCCUGGGGUCAGGUUAAACUUAUUCAAGGAUUUUGGCUGAUAGAUCAUAGUGACUAUGAGAGUGGUUUAGAUCUACUGUUUCACCCAGCUACUGUAAAACCUGAGUCAUGGCAGCAUUCAAAGAUCAUCCAAGCCUUCAUGAGUCAGGGAGAGCACAGACAAGCACUCAGAUAUAUACACACGAUGAGGCCAGCUGUGUCCAGUGGUGGUGACAUUAUCCUUCACCUCACUGUUUUACUUUUCAAUAGGUGCAUGGUUGAGGCCUGGAGUUUAUUGCGACAACAUUCUAAUACAGUGAAUGUAGAGGAAUUACUAAAGCAUGUGUAUGAAGUAUGUCAGGAAAUGGGCUUAAUGGAAGACUUACUGAAAUUACCCUUUACAGACACUGAGCAGGAAUGUUUAGUGAAGUUUUUGCAGUCCAGUGCCAGUGUUCAAAAUCAAGAGUUCCUUUUAGUUCACCAUUUGCAGCGUGCCAAUUAUAUCCCUGCCCUGAAGCUGAACCAGACUCUGAGGAUUAAUCUCAUGAACAAUCGCGAUCCUCGUGUACGGGAGAGAUCAGUGGCUCGAAAUGCUAUGUUAGACCAAUAUGGGAAAAUCCUUCCUAGAGUCCAGCGAAAAUUAGCCAUUGAGCGAGCUAAGCCUUAUCAUGUGUCAACAUCAUCAGUUUUUCGAGAGGUUUCUAGACCAAAACCAUUAUCAACAUUUCCAAAGAAAGCGGUCACUGGAACAGUGUUAACAAGAUCUACUUUCAUCAAUAAUGUGUUAUCUAAAAUUGGAGAAGUAUGGGCAAGCAGUGAACCUAGAAAUAGCAUGUCACUGUACAAUAGCCCUAAAAUAGAAGAACCAUCACCUAUAGUACAUUCUUUCCUACAUUCAGAGCUUCCUGAGGCAUUUGUUGGAACACCAAUUUCAAAAGCAUCACAGAAAAUUUCUAGAUUGCUGGAUUUAGUGGUUCAUCCUGUUCCACAGUCUUCUCAGUCUUGGAAGUUUAUUCAACAGAGUCCCACAAGAUCUCCUUCAUACCUACCCUCUAGUUCAAGUUCACAAUUCAAACGAUCACAUCAGAAAACCUCCAGGACGUCAGAAUUAAAUUUGCUUGAAACUCCUCUUGUAGUUAAGAAAGCUAAAACUUUGGCUAUGUCAGUUACUUCUGGAUUUGCUGAGUUGACUCCACAAUCCAUCCUAAGGUCUGGUUUUCGAACACCUUUAGCAUCUCCCUCUGUGUCUCCUGGAAGGUCUCUUACUCCACCUUUACAACUUAAGGAAACAAGAAUUUCAUUCAUGGAAGAAAGCAUGAGCACAAAAUGGACUCCUGGAGCUGCAGAUGACAGUGAAACAAAAAUACUUGUUACUGCACCUUUCCAUAAAAGUGGAGUUCCAACUGAAACUGAAUGGCUCAAGAACAAAGAUAAAACCACAUCUUUUUCCCUGAGUCUUCCUGAAAAAAAUCAAGAAAUGGAUGCAAAGUCACAGGAUACAGCCUCACAGAGUCUGGAGAAACUUGAUGUGAGCAAAGAAAGCAGCAUUGUUUCAACUAGAUCGGACCAGACUACAUUAGAGUAUUAUGAUGCACCAUCUCCGGGAGACUUUGAAGGUUUUGUUUUUAAGCCACCAAGCUCUUCCACUGAACUGAUUACUAAUUUAAAUGAACAAACUAAGAAGGAUGGUGAUGAAGGUAUGUUUGAGUCAGAAGCAAUUCCUUCAGACAUGGAGAAACAAAUAGGCAAUUUAGAAGUUUCACAGGAGAGACUUUCAGAAUUAAAUCACUUAAGCCCCCUUCAAGGAAUCGAAUCUUCUCGUGUGCCAUCAGUCCAUGAAGGGAAAAUCCUGACUCCGAAGUCCAAGGCACCAGUUUUGAAUGAAGGACUAAUGUGUGCUGAAUCUUGCACGUCUGCAAUUAGAGCAGACAACGAUAAAUCUCUGGCUGAUGUGAGUGAGAGUGGAAGCUCUGGGCUUAUUACCUCUGAAAGUCCUGUUGUGUCUGAACAUAGGCUUGACCAGGAAAUAGCACUGAACUUAAAAGAGCAUGAAACAGAAGUUGAUAUGCUAAAACAAAGUGCUGACUUACCAGAAGAAAAGCAUCCAAUUUCUGACAGUCCUCCUGAUACUCAAGAAAUUCAUGUGAAUGUACAUGAAAAGCUUGAAGUUCAAAAACCAGGAGAAGAGGCUAGGAAUCUUUCAUUUAAUGAGUUGUAUCCCUCUGGAACUCUUAAACUUAAAUAUAAUUUUGAUACUAUUGAGCAACAGUUUUGUGACUUACCUGAUAAAGACCCUGCUGAAUGUGACAUUGCUGAAGGCGAUGGGGAACUUUUUGUCGCUCAGAGCAACUUUACCUUGAUAUUAGAAGGUGAAGAAGGAGAAGUUGAGACAGGUGAUUCCACAACAUCAAAUGUGUUGCCAAAAGCAGCUAACACAGCAACUAAGGAAAAACUUGUGUAUAAUAUGGAACAUGAUACUCAUGGACAUGUUGCAGAUUUGUCAUCAAUCGUAACAAGUGACCAGGAAUCUCGAAAAGUAGAGACUUUACCGUAUGUGCCUGAACCAAUUAAAGUAACAAUUGCAGAAAAUUUACUAGAUGUAAUUAAGGACACACGAAGUAAAGAAAUUACUUCAGAUACAGUGGAACAGUCCAUGCAGGAAAACAUGCCUUUAAUAAGCCAAAAUGUGAUGUCUUCUACCAAAUUAGUCAAACGUACAAGAAAGACUGUUCAGGAAGUAGAAACAGUGACUAUAAAUGUCAGCCAGAGUGAUGAUACGGUUUCUUCCAGAACUCGCACAAGACGGCAGCGUGUCCAAAACCUGAACAUCACAUCAGCACAACAGGAGUCAGCAGAUGUUCAUACUCCUAAGAUGUUGGGGUCACCAGCUAGGAAGAAAACUAGAAAAACAAAAGAAAUUUCUGAGCCUUCUGAAAGUGCCUAUUCUGAUGUUAAAGGAAGAUCUCAGAAACAGCAAAUACCUCAAAGUUCUCUUAGUUCUAGAAGAGGAAAGAAUAAAAAAGAAAUUAAUCAAGACACAUUAGAAAGUUUUGAUUCUGUGGAACAAGAAACACAAGUUACUCCAGGUAGAGAACCAAAAAGGUCAAAAUUAUCUCAGCCAUUGGAACCAGCAAUUGAAGAAACUUUUGGAAAAGAAGUUAAGCUUUUGUCUGUUACAAAAGAAACUCCGAAAAGAAUUAAAAAAUCUGUAGAAAAUGAAGAACAUGAUGAAAUUAUAAAUGAUCUAACAGUUAGUAAUGUAGCAAGUCCUAGCAGGGCUGCCAAAAAAUUGAGAAAUGCUAAUUUAGAAGCUUCUGAAAAUACAGGGUAUAAACAGGAUGAGAUAUCCAAUUACCAGCAACUCUCUGUUAAACGUAGUAGAAAGGUCAAAGAGAGAGAAGUUAGUGUGUCAGGUAUUAUACAAGAGUCUAAACUUGAUUCAUCCCAGUUAACUCUUCAGGCAGAAUUUGAUGUGUCUGCCACACCUAGGAAACGUGGUAGACCAAGGAAGAUAAAUCCAUUGGAAGAUGUUGGAUCUAAGGCUGUAGAGGAAGAGAGAAGUCCCCAAAAGACAAAAGUUCUCAGUGUCCGAAGAUCUGCAAGGAACACCCCAGCUAAAAAUGAAAAUAGCAAUGUUGGAGGACCAGGUUUAGAAAAAUCCACCAUAGUGCCAAAUGAGCAACUUGAUAUGGUAAUGAGCUCUACAAAAAAGCUUAUAAAGAAGACCGAAAAUCAAAGCCAAAAACAUACAUUAUGCUCAGUGUCAGAAGAACAUGUAGAUGAAGUGGCACAUGAACCAAAUGACCAAGAAGAGAGAUUGCUUUCUACCACAGCUUUUAUUAAAUCUUCCCGUAGCAUAAGGACUAGAUCAAGCAAGGCCAUCUUUUUGCAAGACCUUUCUGAACCAAAAAAUGAGACUUUAUUUUCUCCUACAGCAAAGAUUUCAAAGAAAGUUAAAGCUGAAAGAAUAGAGACUCCUACACAGCUGAAAGAAUUAGUUUCAGAUUUAUCUUCUCAGUUUGUCUUCUCACCUCCUACUUUGAGGACCAAGCGAAAGAACAUAUCCAGCACAUCCAGGCUUAUAGAUGAACUGGAAGAUGAUGCUAAAACAGUAGAAACUGUGGGAGAGCAAAAAGUGAAGAGAAUCAGGACUGCAAAAACAAAACAGGCAAACAAAAACACAGAAAAAGAAAGUUCUUGGUCACCUCCUCCAGUAGAAAUUAAGCUGAUUUCUCCCUUGGCAAGCCCAAUUGAUGGCAUAAAGAGUAAACCAGGAAAAACUGCCGAAGUAACAGGAAAAGCUGUUGGAAGGGGCAGGAAGAAACCAUCUUCCUUUCCAAAGCAAGUUUUACGUAGGAAAAUGCUGUAAUUUUUUUCCAGGGUUUUAAUGCACACGUAUUUAUAAAGUCAUCAGAAUUGUAUGGAUUAAAAAUCAUCUAAUUUGGAAGAAAAUAAUUUAUAUAAAUUAUUGUAAAUUUUUGUAAACAGGAGGUCUUCAGUAAGUAAAAUAACUCCCUGUGGAGUGAUUCUUUUAGUCCAGGCAUUUUUUUCUAUUUUAUAUUAAGACUUCAUACAUUUAUAUAAUAUGUAAAUAUGGCUUAUUAUUGGAAUGUUAAAUAAAGUAUGUACUUCACAGUAGUUGGUGUCUGUUAGGUUUUUGAGAGGGGAUUUCUGUUUUAAUUUUAUAUGCUAGUAGUUUUUGUCCCAUUUUCAUUCUCUAUAGUUAAAAUAUUAGACCAAUCUUAAAAUGAGACUGAUUGAGCUAUUGAUUAUUUUUUAAAGUUGCUAUUUUAUAAUUUAUGCACUUUGAUUCUGUGAUUAAGAUUUCUAAUCAUAAUAUGUAUUUUUGUUUGUUGCCUGUUACAAUGUUGAAGCUGAAGUAUGGGCAUGUAAUUUUGCUGCCUUUUUGUAGUUUCACAAACUUUGUGUAAUCUACCUCAAAUGAGUAAUUUUCCAAGUAAUGCAUUGGUUAACUGUAAUGUUGACAUUUGCUCAGCAAGCUUAAAGACUAUUUAUCUUUAAAGUCUCUUAAUUCAGAGACUAAUUAUCCAGGUUAGAUUGACCGGUUCACUGCUUAUUAGCAACCUCAUGAAAGAAUUUGAGAUAAACCUGUUUUAUGGAUAUUUGGUACACUUUGCAUGUGCCUAAUAUUGAUAAGUCUGAACAAAUUUUUAUAAUAUUCUUGCUGUGGAGCAGCUUGCUACUGAAUCACAAAAAUCCCUUAUUCAGGUUUUUAAAACUGGCAAAUUAUCACAGGACCUCAGGCAAAGAUUUGAGAAUGGGAAGAGUGUGAGUCGGUGUGGAACAAGAAAGAACAAAAGCACCCUUUUCUCUGCAGUGUGACUGUGUGCAAUUAAGUAAUGAUACUUGACGUAGGCUAUAAAAUUCAUCAAUAAAUAAGUGUUGUAAAAUAAUUUAUGACAGGUAACUGAUCAUGUGUAACGAAUGGACUGUUAAUAAUUGAUCAUCUAGAAGCAGACUGCCUUUGUCAGCUAAGCUUUUAAUGUUUUCUUGUGAAGUGCAGCAGUGUGCUUUCUACAUUAUUUUUCUACAAAACAAAGAGUGUGGAUAACGAGAAAAUGAUGAAGAUGCCUAUGCCGAGUACUGACAGUGUGAAAGUAGCAGUGUGAGUGCGACCUUUUAGUCAGGUUAGUGGUAAAUGUUAUAUUGCCUUGUUGGAAAUUUAACUGACUUCGAUUUUAUUAAUUUUUUUAAAUGAUAGUUAUCAAACUUGUAUUUAAGCUGCUUGUCAUUUCUGGAAUAUUAAACUUAUUUAAAUGAAUUUGUUAAAUGAAUAAUUUAAAGAUCUAAGCCUAAUUCAAUAAAGUUUCACUCCUUGGCACAAGUAGCACAAUAAAAAAAUUGACAAGA